GCCGACAACCAACCUCGACCAUCUCAACGAUUGCCUCUGGUGACCACAGACCUCAUCAGAAACCGCAAUCAUGGGUAUCUCUCGCGACUCUCGUCACAAGCGCUCCGCCUCUGGCGCCAAGCGUGCCUACUACCGGAAGAAGCGCGCUUUCGAGGCCGGCCGCCAGCCGGCGCAGACCCGUAUCGGUGCCAAGCGCAUCCACACCGUCCGCACCCGCGGCGGUAACCACAAAUACCGUGCCCUGCGUCUCGACAGCGGUAACUUCGCCUGGGCCUCCGAGGGCGCCACCCGCAAGACCCGUGUCAUCGGCGUGGUUUACCACCCUUCCAACAACGAGCUCGUCCGCACCAACACCCUGACCAAGUCCGCCGUCAUCCAGAUCGACGCCGCCCCCUUCCGCCAGUGGUACGAGGCCCACUACGGCCAGCCCCUCGGCCGCAGACGCCAGCAGAAGGCCGCCGGUGGCAAGGACGCCGCUGAGGACGUCAAGAAGAGCAAGAGCGUCGAGAAGAAGCAGGCCGAGCGCUUCGAGAAGCACGGCAAGGUCGACCCCGCCCUCGAGAAGCAGUUCGAGGCCGGUCGUCUGUUCGCCGUUGUCGCCUCGCGCCCCGGCCAGAGCGGUCGCUGCGAUGGCUACAUCCUCGAGGGUGAGGAGCUCGCUUUCUACCAGCGCAAGCUCCACAAGUAGGCUUGUGGCUGCUGCUGCUGUGGUGGUAGUGGUGAUGAUGAUGCUGUAGGCUGGCUUGAGACCUUGGGGUGGAAAUGUGAUACUCCUAGGAGGAAACAAGCGGGAUGGAGGGAUAGCCUAACACGGACAAGGGUGUGGAGUCGUCACUUCCGGGACAUCCUUCCACUCUCUAAACCUCAUCAUCCAACACAAGAAACAAAACAAUCGGACUCGGUGUUCAACGGAUCAAUCUUUCGGGCUUCCCUUCACAUGAUUUCGGUGGCUAUUGGGCUGUACCACGGUUCAGCAGUGAGAUGCUUUUCCUCCCCUUUUUACACAAAACGUUCAUCGCAUUUCGGGGACAAGACAGGGAAAGGAUCAAAUGGGAAAUCAAUGGAACAAAAAGAAAAUGCCUUUAAAAAUGAACAUCAUGUCCGUCCUUAAGAAA